AUGAGGAACCAGUUGGAGUGGCGGUUCAUCGGCAUGACAGUCACCAACCAAUCAAGCGUUGUCAUUUAUACUAUCAGGAUGGAGAGGCAUCCUGGCGUCUUCAUCGCCAACUUCUUAGUGCCCAUCAUGUUCUUAUACUGUCUGGACUUGGCCUCCUUCCUGAUGUCAGACAGCGGGGGUGAGAAGGUGAGCUUCAAGGUCACUGUGCUGCUCGCUGUCACUGUGAUGCAGCUUCUUCUCAAUGAGAUGCUGCCUUCCACUUCAGAAGACAUACCGCUUAUAGCGGUGUACUGCAUUGGGAUAUUUUUUUUGAUGAUGAUCAACCUUCUGGAGACGAUUUUGGUGAUGUAUCUGAUUGAGAAAGACUCUACAUCUGAAGAAACAAAGGCAGAUAAAAACCGCAGCCUGAAAGAGGACUGUGGAGACAAACAGGAUGAUGGAGAUGUGAAGAAAUGGACUCACUGUGCUUGUGUGUGUAAGGUGUCUGAUGAACCGCCAUUUGAACUGCUGUCUGUGUCCAAAGAGGAAAAAAGAGGCGAACUGAUGGAGGAGUCCAAUUCCCCAGAUGAGUUGAGUGAGGCGGUGAAAGGACUCUCUCUGUUCCUCAGCAGGAAGGAAGAAAGGAAGCGCAGGAAGGAAGAAAGGAAGCGCAGGAAGGAAGAAAGGAAGUCCUACUACUGGACCAGAGUGGCUAGAAAAUUGGACAUAAUUUUCUUUUUUGUCUAUGUCACAGUGUCCGCUGUGUUUUUGGUUGUCAUCUUUUCAGUAUGGACCGAAGAAGACGAGGAGUGGUAA